AGGCGGUGGGCGGGUCUGGCCCUCAGCGGCGGAGGGCGCCAUGGUGGGUGGUGAGGCGGCUGCUGCAGUGGAGGAGCUGGUUUCUGGUGUGCGGCAGGCGACCGACUUCGCUGAGCAGUUCCGCUCCUACUCGGAGAGCGAGAAGCAAUGGAAGGCCCGCAUGGAAUUCAUCCUGCGCCACCUGCCUGACUACCGCGACCCGCCAGACGGCGGCGGCCGCCUGGACCAGCUGCUGUCCCUCUCCAUGGUCUGGGCCAACCACCUCUUCCUGGGUUGCAGUUACAACAAAGACCUUUUAGACAAGGUGAUGGAAAUGGCUGAUGGGAUUGAAGUGGAAGACCUGCCACAGUUUACAACCAGAAGUGAAUUAAUGAAAAAGAAAUAGAAGAAGCCAGAAAAGCUCUUUCUGACCCCACAGGCCAGUCUGUUGCCUGGUGCCCAGGCUGAGUCAAUCACCUGCCAGCACCUUGAGUCAAAGACCAUACUUGCAACAGCCAAAGCCAGUGGCAACUCUUCUACUAUAGCCUUGGUCUAUCCUAUUGGAAAUUUGCAAGGUGGCUGAGGGGAUUCUCUUUCCUUUUGGACUAAAGAUGGUUUCUUUAGGUAAUACUGCAUUCUCCUAAAAAGAGAAAGCCCUCUUAUAUUUUGCUUUUGCUGAGGAAUUUCGCUUCUUCACUUCUCAAAGACUGGAGUGACAGGCUUAAGCUAGGAAAUAGGUCAUACCUCGAAAAUUCUGCUUACUAAAAAGAGUCUCAGACUGAUUCACUUGCACUGCUAAAUGUUAAGGAAAUCCAUUCAAAUAGAAGGUGACAGACAAAAUGAUUUCUUUGCACCCUGCUUAAAAGUUGUCUAAAGCCAAGUUUAAAUUUACCAGUGGUGCUAGAGAGUACCCAGAAAGAAUAUAUCUGCUUCAGUUCACCACUGUUAGAAGACAUGCAGUUUCUAUAGUUCCUAAUAGUGUGAAAUCCAGAAACCUAUAACCUUCACAUCUCCUAAAUAUCCUGACUCAAUGUGAAAUGUUGUAAAUUACUACCUGGAUUCAACUGAUUUUAAUUUAGAACAAUAAGUGUUUAUGUGAUUCUGUUUUUAGAAGCCUUCAUUGCAGAGCAUGCCAUGGAAAAAGUUAUUUUUUAAGUAUUUCUGUUAUCACUUUAAAUUGUGAACAUUUAUAGAUCACAAGCGACAAGACAAAAAAAUUAGACUCUGGCUUCCAAAUGGAUAGUAUGGUCAGUGUUUUGCUGAAUUUUCUGUAUGUAGUAAAAUCUUAAUAAUUUCUGAGUCUACCUACCAUCUGGGUAGUACAUAAAUAUUGCAUCAUGCUGUAUUUUAAUUUAUGAAUAUGAUUCAUUAGACUACAUGGC